AUGCCGGGCACCUAUCUGAAUCCUAAUGGCAGUGGCUCCAGCGGCGUUCUUCCUCCGCUCGAAGCGCUGGCCAAAUGGCCACAGUCCAACUACGAUGAUCCGAUCACCCGACCGAAGGUUGUACCCGCUCUGGCCGGUGUGCUUGGAACAAUCAUGAUUGUCAUUGUAGCAGCGAGGACUUGGGCUCGAUUCGUUGUACAGAGAAACGGUGGACUGGACGAUUGGAUAAUACUGCUUGCAAUGAUUCCGACAAUCGGGUUCACAAUAGUGGUAUGUCUAGCAACCGAAGUUUACGGCUUCGACCGCCACAUGUGGGACGUGAAACCCAACCUCUACGUUCCCGAGCGCAAGAUCGUCUUCGCCGUCUAUCUCCUCUACAUCAUCGCCAGCGGACUAAUUAAAAUCUCCAUCCUUCUCUUCUACCGACGCCUCGACGCGCGCUGCAUCCCGAGCAGCUUCCGCAUUGCGACCUGGAUCAGCAUCGUCAUCAUCGCCGUCUUCAUCACCGCCUUCACCAUCAUCCUCUUCACCGCCUGCAACCCGCUUGCAGCCUUCUGGUACCAAUUCGACAUCGCCCACCAACUCGAGGGCUACAAAUACCACUGCUGGGUCAACGAAGAAGCAGAUAUAGUGGCCGCCAGCAUCAUUUCCGCAGUACAAGACGCAAUCGCCGCGUUCCUCCCUACUUUACUCUACUGGAACUUGCAAAUCCCCAAGCGCCAAAAGAUUGCGCUGGGCGCAAUCUUCGCCUCAGGCUACAUAGUCUGCAUCGUCUGCAUCGCCCGCAUCGUCGCCAUCUACACAAUCUUCAACAACGCCCUCUACGACUCCUCCUGGACCACCUGGCCCGCCCUCCUCCUCGCCGUCUUGGAAGUCCAACUCGGCGCCAUUGUCGCCUCGGCUCCCGCCCUCAAGGUUUUCGCCAAACACUAUUUCUCGGGUUCCUCGGCUUGGGGCACCAGUGCGUCUGCCCGCUUUGCGUAUGGCUCUGCCCGAGCUACGAAUGGGAGUGUGCGCCAGGGUGAUUUUAGGAAACAGAGUGAUACGGUCAAGUCGAUGUCGACGAUUUUGAGGGGUAGGGGGCCGGCGGAGGAGGAUGAGGAGGAGGGUGAUGUGUCGUUGUUGGAGUUACGGAAGAUGGAGACGAGGAUGACGGGGAUAGUAUAG